AAUGUCUUUAAGCCUGGGUUUUAUACAGCCAAAACUUGCACCUGCCAAGUACUUUCUGGUAAUAUUACUCAGAGGGAAGAGAGUGGGAAUCAGCAGGGGUAGAAGCGACAUAGGGCAAGGAGGGGUAGAACUGACAAGAGAGCAUGAGGAAUAGAAGCGACAAUAAAGACAACAGAUUUGCGCAGAAAGGUCAGUCAAUUACUCAGGGGUCACAGGAGGAUUAAACUUAAGUGUCCGGUUCUGAUCCAGCUCAUUAUGUGAGGGAAGAGCCGACAGACCAGUCUGGGGACAUUGGGAGCAGUCAGUAGAGAGAGAUUUGUACUAGGGAGAGAUUUAGGUGAGAUAUAAUGGGGGUACAACGGAGAGGUAGAGAAAGAGAAGACCGAUACAAUGAGGAGGAAAAGUGAGCGAAUGAUUUGUCUCCUCAAACUUUCUCUCACGCCACAAACUGUGAGACUUUGUUCCCCAUUCACGUACCCGCGCCUCCCUCACACACAAUCACGUGUCCGCGCCACCAUCCCCAGUCGGAGAGCAGAUACGUGCCCGCGCUCCAUUCUCCCCGGCGGGACGGGAAGCUUUUGUGCACGCGCAGAGAGGGACAGACACAAAGUGAGAGCGGCUUGGGGCUGCUGGUGGCAGCGCUCUUCCCGGUGUCCGGUGAAAAUGGCGGAGGCUGCGGCGGAGGGCUGUUUACCCGCGGGCUGGUCGUACGGAGUGUGCCGGGACGGCCGCGUCUUCUUUGUAGACGACCGGGGCCGCAGCACCAGUUGGUUACACCCCCGCACCUGCGAACCCGUCAACUCCGGACACAUGAUCCGCUCAGAUCUGCCCCGAGGGUGGGAAGAGGGUUUCACGGAGGAAGGAGCCAGUUACUUCAUAGACCACAAUCAGAGGGCCACCACUUUCAUGCACCCCGUGACGGGCGACAUCUCCCCAGAAAACUUUGACUUUGAUUUACGAGACGGGCACAGAUCAGUCAUGACCCAACCAGCGAGCGGCCAGAGACCUUCCAGUGUCAUCAGUGAAGGCUCCACAGAAGUCACCAAUUCUACCAAUGAGGUCAAACCAGUCAGCAAGGUCCACAAGCCCAGUCAGAAAAGCCACAGCUUUGGCAAGAGAGACCAUUCCAUCAAACGGAAUCCACAUGUCCCAGUGGUGGUGCGAGGCUGGCUGCAUAAACAGGACAGCUCAGCCAUGAGACUCUGGAAAAGACGCUGGUUUCUUCUGUCCGACUACUGUUUGUUUUACUAUAAAGAUCACCAAGAGGAGGCAGUUUUGGGAAGUAUCCCCCUGCUCAGUUAUGUCAUUUCACCUGUCGCACCCGAAGAUCGGAUUAACCGCAAAUAUUCCUUCAAGGCUGUCCAUGCUGGAAUGCGAGUGAAUAUUAACCAGAAAGGAUCUGGAGCUCAGCAGGACCAUUCGGGCAUGCGCACCUACUACUUCAGCGCUGAAACACAGGAGGAUAUGAACGGCUGGAUCAGGGCGAUGAAUCAAGCUGCACUCAUGCAGACACCCCUAGGGGCACAGAGUGACAGUGCGGAGUGGUCGGCGGCACAAGUGGAUAACCAUGUGGAUUCCUAUAAAGAACCGGCACAACCAGAAGGCGUCCAGAGGAAGGAGAAAUACCAGGGCGCCAAUGAGAAGACUCUGCCCAGCAAGCCAGAAGAGCCGAGGCGCGAGUUGUUGGAAGACAAUCGAUAUUUCCUCCCCAGGUCUAAGAACUUGCUGGUUUCCAGCAACAGAGAAUCGGCUUUUACUGAUUUCUCCAAAACCUAUAGAAGCCAGAAAGCUCAGCCGCAGCCUCAAACAUUGGAGAGGAACGGGAACCUCCCCAGCACCUACAGCACAAGCCCCAUCCAGCAGAAUGGCACAGACGGGUACAGGAGAGUGUUUGUCCCCCAGGCCAAUAUGGAGAGGCAUGGCCAGAGGAGAAGCAACAUGGUUCAGGUGGAGCAGUGGGUCAAGGUGCAGAAAGACAAUAGGAGACCUUCGGAUUACACUGUCCCUAGACACGUAGUCAGUCAACACAACCUUCAUUUUGAGAACUACCAAACGUUGCCAAAGACCACCCGACAGCCUUCCGGAAUGUCCCCUCCAACCAACCGGCAUUUGCCAAGUGACUAUAAAUAUGCCCAGGACCGAGUCAAGAACUACAAGAUGUCCAACAAGGAGCGCAAGGCCACCAAGGAGGGGACCGUGUGGCAGUUGUACGAAUGGCAGCAGAGACAGCAGUUCAAACACGGCAGCCCCACCAGCCCCAUUUACAUGGGCGCUGCUGAUGUGGUGGAUCGGAGCAGGAGUAAAAGUACAUUAGAUGUUCCCCGGUGCAUUUCUGUUCCCCCCUCUCCAUCAGACGUCCCCCCAUCACUACCUUCAAAAACCUUUUCCAUCAGGAGGCCGAACACCCCCUCUGAAAGGGUGACAGUCAGGCCAGAGGAGAGGCUGUCGGACGCCCCCUACAUUGGAUCUCCGCAGAAGAGCCGCGUCCAUGCUGUAAAGGCUGCGGCCCACGUGAACAGGCGCUCGAUGCCAGCUUUCGGGUACAUGACUCACACUGUAAGUGCCCCGAGUUUGCAUGGCAAGACGGCGGAUGACACCUAUCUGCAGCUGAAGAAGGACUUGGAGUAUUUAGAUCUAAAGAUAAAAUAUAACGAACCUCUGGUCAACCUGGUUCACAGUCUCUUAAAGAACUCCACCCCGGGGUAUCGAACCAGCAUCAAUGUUUCUGGGAGAGAAUCACAGAAAGAUCGCUCUCUGAAACCCGUCAGGAUUGCCGAAAGUGAUGUUGAUGUGAAACUGAGCAUUUUGUGUGAACAGGACCGGAUCCUGCAGGACCUGGAAGACAAGAUCCGAGCCCUGAAAGACAACAAGGAUAAACUGGAAACUGUCCUGGAGGUUCUGCACAGGCAAAUGGAUCAGUACAAGGAGCAGCCACAGCACACGGAGAAGAUUUCCUACCAGCAGAGGCUCCUACAGGAGGAUUUGGUGCAGAUUCGAGCCGAAAUGUCCAAAGUUUCUACCGAUAUGGAAAACGCUUGGAACGAGUACAUGAGGUUGGAAAACGAUGUGAUCUGUUUACGGCAAAUGUUACAGCAACAAAUGAACAGAUCUCUGUCUUCUCAGGAAAAGGCCCAGAUGCAAAAGGAUUUGUGGAGAAUUGAAGAUGUUACCGCCGGACUCAGCGCUAAUAAGCUCACCUAUAAGGUUCUUGUAGAAUCUUUUAAGAAUCCAGAAAGGAAAACAGUGCCUUCUGUUAAUCCGCCAUUCGUGCCUUCUGGGACUACAGCAUUUACGUCAGUGCGCAGUAAAUCUGUAUCCUCCCAAAACCCCUCUGUGAGCCUCGUGAAGCCCACACUGGAUGUGAGAUUGUAUGCACAGCCCUACUCCCAGACACGCUCCCACUCCCAGCCCCAGCUCCUCUCCAAAUCCGAUUUCAUCCUCCAUUCACCCACAGGAGGAAAACCAAAGCUUGAUGAAGAUGCCCCACCGCGGCCCCCACUUCCUGAUGUGUACAGCCCAGAAGGGCCAGAACCAUCACCCACAGCCCCUCCUCAUCCAGCGCUUCCACCUCCUCCCAGAGACUCAUCAGUGAUCAGACACAUGUCAGUGCGUGGCUUGAAGCGCCAGUCGGACGAGAGGAAACGGGACAGAGAGCAGGGGAUGAAUGGGGAUUAUAGGGUCGACCUGCGCACGUAUGUGAGUGAACCAGAACUUGCAGCAAUGGGGAAUGAGUCCAGCCCACCAGCCCCGGGUUUCUUAGGUUCUGAUGCCAGCUACCAAACAUUGCCAUCCAGAGGUCUAUCUGGAUCCACCUCCAGGCUGCCGCAGUCUUCAUCUGUCACCUCGUAUGUCACACUAAGGAGAGGGGUGAAUUCUGACGUUGCUAAGGAAAGACCAAAAAGUGCCUUUGAGCGCCUUUACUCUGGGGACAACCAAAGAGGCAAAAUGAGUGCGGAGGAGCAACUGGAGCGAAUGAAGCGUCAUCAGAAGGCCCUGGUCCGCGAGCGUAAGAGGACUCUGAGCCAAGGGGACAAACAAUCGGUGGCCAGUAACUCCUACAUGCAGCCCAUUCCUGCGGACAUCAGCUCAUGGAAAAGGGAGCAGGACUUUGACCUGCAGCUGCUGGAGAGAGCGGCCCGGGACCAGGAGGAACAGGAUUGGCUGAUGGCUAAGGUUGUACGUGUGACCGAGUUGGAUCUCGAACCGGAGGACUAUAAUUUGGACAUCAGCAAAGAGCUCUCCAUGCCAGAUAAGGUUGCCAUCCCGGAGCGAUACAUUGAGAUGGAGCCGGACGAACCGAUGAGCCUGGAUGAGUUAGAGGCCCGACGGCACAAAGUCGAGAAGAUAAAGAACAUUCUGGCCCGGUCAAGUGUGCACAAUCUACAGAGCUCCGUGUUUCCGGAGGACCUGGGACUGACGGAUUUGGACACACAGAAAGAGGAACAGGAGCGGAUGAUCACUAUAUCCUAUGCAUUGGCCUCGGAAGCCUCCCGGCGUAGCAAGCAGGUAGCAGCUCAUGCUGUGAGUGAUCACUGACCUGCCGGAAUAUUCCCAGCAACUGCCACCUUUCCUGACGUCUGGUGGAGACAAGUACAGAGAAGUUGGAAUCAGCGCUGCUUUCCCAUCCUCUGGACUUUAUCUCUCAUUCAGACUCUUUCGCCGAUAUUUCGGGUCAGAAGCCCAGUCGUCCGCUAUCUGGAGCCAGUAAGUCGAGCCAGUCGGUUGGAUCCAUGUGAAGGCCUGGGGUGUUUGUAUAUAUAUUUAUGCACGGGUGGAUCACAAGGUCCAGGAUCCUUCUCAGAUUCUUCUUGGGGGUCACCCGGGGCUCUUUGCUGCCAGCAGUACAGACGUCAUCAGGAAAAUAAGGGCAAAUUUAUGUAAAAUAAAGUUUAUUUUCCCAACAUAAACUGAGCAGCGUUAGCCCAUCAGAACCCGAAGGAACAGCUGAGCCUGAUUGGACCAGGAAGUGCAGAACAGGGAGGAGACUAUUUUGGGGCCAAGGAAAGGAAUUAAUGGACUCAGUUGUGAUGAGAAGUCUCAGAACCACAGAAUGAGAUGAAGCAGCAGGGGACUUACUGGCCUGGAGUGGCCUGUGCCCUAGCUCGGGGAUAAUAAACCUUACAAGAGAUGCUCAGGUGCAUUGAGUUUGGUAUUGGGACGUGGCUGAUAAACCCUGUGGUCCGUAUUUAAAUGGUGCUGGCAAGCGAUGCCGUGCCUUAUCCCAUUGUAGCUCUGUGAUACUAUUAUUUCCAUUGGCUCCUCCCCCACACACUAACUGGGGGGCACUGCGCUACAGUGUACAGGACAUUAAAGGGACAGUAACUUAUGUUAUGGUGUCGCCCACACACUGAAUAUAAAGGGCGGAGAUCAGAUUAACAUUAUUUUCUGGAGUAAAAGAAAAUAUGAAUAAAUUUAGUUUGUUUUCAAUUGGGUGCAUAAGUAAUUGCAACUCAUUAUUUUGUGUCCAGUCACAUGGCCCGUAAAUAUUUCCGUUUUCCCUUGGUUCUUCUUUUCCCCUGGGAAAUACCCCAACUGCAUCAGUUAAAGGUCAACUAAACACUAAUGGGUUGAAGUUUCCAUUUUAUGCUUCUGCACCAAAACUCCUCCUCGUUCUGUUCUUUAAUUAGUCAAAUUUGAGGGAAUUUGUUUUUACUCAUUUUGUAUUUUAUAGCAGGAAACUUCCUUGAAUGUAACAAAUAACGUUUUUUUGUACAUCCCUUUAAUAACCACACGUGGAAUUGCCGUGGUCCAAACCGACAGCACUGACCCCUCAUGCUGACCAAGAACAAAAAUCACCUUCUAUUCAUGGAGAAAGAUAAUAAUAUACAUAUAUUUAUAUGUGAAAUCACUGUGUGACACCAGUAUCCUGUGUUUUACACUCACUUUCCUAUCAGAAAUGUACAUUUAUUUUUCUAAUAACAAAUUGCUUUUGUAAAUCCCAAGGAUUGCUGUGGUUUCUGACUCAACUAACUCGCUCUUUGUACUGCGCCACUAAUACGUCACAUGACUUCAGGUUUAAUUGGAAACAAAGAUUUAUUGUUUUUUAUUUUCAGUAUUCUGACAAAAUAAUCUAUUAUUAUAUCUAGAAAUGUCUAUUUUAACUAACUCUAAACUGCCAGUAUCAGCGUCAUGUCUUUGCCAAAAUUAAAUCUAUUUUUUGCCUUUUUGUAAAAAAAUGUAAAUAAAAAAAAAGCAAUAAAAAUAAACAGAAAUGUCUACUGAGAAUGUUGUAUACAUUAUCCCCAAGGUUUGGGGGGCAGGAGUAUAAAGGGGCCAGUGGGGUUCCUGACUGAGGUACGAUAUAAAUAAAUGUGUGAGAUACAGAUCAUUAUCCCAAGGUUUGGGGGGUGCAGAAGUAUAGAGGGGCCAGAGGGGUUCCUGGCUGAUCAAUAUAUGUGUGAAAUACAAAUGAUUAUCCACAAAGUUUGGGGGUGCAGGAGUAUAGAGGGGCCAGUGGGGUUCCUGACUGAUCAAUAUAUGUGUGAGAUACAUAUGAUUAUCCCCAAGGUUAAGGGGUGCAGGAGCAUAGAGGGGACAUACAGUGCAUCACUGUAGGGAAUAUAACAUUGAUGUUUUAUAUAGUUCAUUCAAAUUCGUUGAAUUUCUGAGAAAUUGAAACUGAUCCAUUGAAGAAAAUUUUUGGAAAAUCUGAGAGGGGAAAUCAUGUUCUUUUAUAGGAGGGCACACCCAGCAAAACAUUUGUACAGGAUAACUAAAAAGGAUAUCAAUUAUUCGAACAUUUUUUGAACUAGCACCCUUACAGUAUGUGUAAAGAAAAGUAGCUGUCAUGUUAUCUUCUUGCUGUUCAUUGUGAAACAUCCAAUAAAAUAUUUGAAA